ACCAUCCAUGAUUUCUCAAAACCUUUGAUUAACAUGAUGAAAGCAGCAGGGUGGGAUCUUGACGCAGCAGCUCACACCAUUGAUCCUUUAGUAGUUUACGCGAAAAGGGCUCGUAAAAAGUACGCCUUUGAGUCUCAUAUUCGCCAGAAAAUGUUCUGUGGGUUUCAAGAAGAAAGCUUUUCGGCCAAUACGGGAAACCUCAAUGUUUCUUCUAUGGAUCCAUUAGAUAUACUCAGUCAAAGCCCAUAUUCCAUAUUUGGGAAAUUUUGCAGGAGCAAGUACCUAAUGGUUGUUCAUUCGAAAAUGGAGAAUGCCUUUUUUGGGAAUUUGGAUCAAAGGAAUUAUGUGACGAGUGGUGGGCAUCCGAGGACUCCAUUCUAUCAGGCUUUUCUGAAGCUUGCUAAGUCCAUUUGGUUAUUGCACAUGCUUGCUUAUUCUUUUGAUCCCAAAGUUAGGGUUUUUCAAGUUAAGGGAGGGAGUGAAUUCUCAGAGGUUUAUAUGGAAAGUGUAGUGAAGAACUUAACUUUAGAUGAGGAAGAAGAAAAGCCCGGAGUUGGUCUCAUGGUGAUGCCUGGAUUCAUGGUCGGUGGAAGUGUGAUUCAAGCUCAAGUCUAUCUUUCCGGUGUUAAAUCUUCUAAAUGAUGAGAGAGAGAUCAAUUAUUUUGAAAAGUUCAAU